UGGCCUUUGAUGUUGUAAGAAUUGCAGGGGGGGAAGAAAAAUCUGAAUCAACAAAUUGUAUUAAAACUUUAAAUCAAUGAGCUCAGUCUUGCUCUAACACUGGUCCUAAUUGCUUUGCUCCAAAAUAUUGAUGUAGGGAGCACAGAGACAUCCAGGCACACCUUGCUCAUUCACUAAGUGAAUGGCCUUAGUUUACCAAAGGCGAGCAGGGAGGGAGAGGAGGAGAGAGGCAGAAACUGGGGCACUGUUAUCUGGCCUCUUUUCACCAACCACAAGGCACAAGGCAGAGAACGAAAAAGACAGACCCUUGAAGAGCAGGAGCGACAACAGAGGACAUCGGCGGUGUGGUGAAGGCGGCAAAACAUCUGGAGACAAUGUCCGAUGUCAAGAACUGAAAAUAUAGAGGACCAGGAGCAACUUCCGCGGCAGUUUGUCCAGUCACUCGCCCAGCUGACACAAACCGGUGGCAAGCACGGACGCGCACACCCACGGCUCGGCGCGCGCCAACUCGAAGCUGCAACAUGUUCGAGGAGCAGGUGACAAAGGUCAAGAUCACGUCUGUGGUGAUUGUCGUCGGCAUGUCUGCGAUGCUGGCGGCAGUGGUGACAGACCACUGGGCCGUCCUGAGUCCCAGGGUGGAGAAGCUCAACGCCACAUGUGAGGCGGCCCACUUUGGCCUCUGGAGGCUUUGCAAGAAGACCAUCUUCAUGGUGAAGGAAGACCCUCAGGGCAAAGGAUGUGGCCCCAUCAGCUUACCUGGAGCAAAAAACUGCUCCUACUUCAAACACUUCACAUCGGGAGAAGAAGCUGAGGUUUUUGAAGUGAAGACCCAAAAAGAGUACAAUAUCUCAGCUGCAGCCAUCGCUAUCUUCAGUCUGUUCUUCAUGAUUCUGGGCACUCUGUGUGUGAUCUUUUCUUUCGGAAAAGGGCGAGACUACCUGCUCCGACCUGCCGGGAUGUUCUUUGCCUUCGCGGGCCUUUGCAUUAUCAUCUCCGUCGAAGUGAUGCGACAGUCUGUCAAGCGAAUGAUCGAUAGCGAUGAGACCAUCUGGAUUGAAUACUAUUACUCCUGGUCCUUUACCUGUGCCUGCGCCUCCUUCACCCUCCUCAUCCUCAGUGGAGCUUCCCUUCUUCUUAUCUCAAUGCCCCACAUGCCUCGUAACCCCUGGGAAUCCUGCAUGGACGCUGAGCCAGACACCUUGGAUUAGCCAUGGAUGGUUUUGCAGGAAUCAAAUUGUAAACAGAGAUUUAAAAAAAUGAUGGUUGUGUGUCUUUCAAUCCUUUAAUUAUGUAUAGCUCAAGUAAAAGACAUUAAGUUUAUUUAGAAUGAGAAUUAACUUUUUUUAAUCUCUUCUUUUUUUGUCUCUUUUUCAAAUAUUCCAAAAUUUAAUUUGAAUUUAAAUUCAGAGUUUUCAUCAACAUUUAUAGACUACCAUUUUGACAGUGCUUUGCAAAAGUCUUCUUACCCGGUGAUCUGUUUGAUAUCUUGUUUAAAAUUCACAAUUUGAGUGUAUUUUUAGGGGGAUUCUGUGCGACAACACCAACACAAUGUAGCCGUUCUUUGAACUGUUAGAUUUUGGCUAUCGUUUGAAAUAUACUGCAAAUCACCUUGAACUCACCAUGUCGAGCAUGAAACAUGGUGGCGUCAGCAUCAUGCUGUGGGAACGUUUUUUUUUCUUCUGCAAGAACCAACAGCUCCUCAGACUGAACAAUGAAUGGAUUUCUGAAGUUAUUUUGUGUCAGUCAUUUGCAUAAAAUCACCCCAGAACACUUGAAGUGUCUGGAUGAGUUAAUGCAGAAACGACCACAGAAUGCGAGUACUUUUGUAAGGCACUGCAGUUUCGACAUAGGCAUUUUCACCAAACCAUUCCAAAAUUACACCCUUAAGCUUCAGUUAAGGCUGUAAAUGCUAUAGCUACGACAUGUAGAGUAGGAAAAUUAAACUGCUUUGUUCGUCCUUCAGCUGUAAACGACGCUUCGGUUCACCUGCAAAUAAUACUGUCGCCGUUAGAUAAAGACCUCGUUUA